ACAGCCGACACCGGAACAAUGUGGGAGGCGGUCAGUAGGGAUGUGGUGUGAUCGGUGUGGAAGGAUUUCACGACGGGUGUGGGUUUACAAGUGGGUUUGUGAGGGGUGUCAGCAUACGAUAGAGAUUCCCAUCCCAAUCUACACACGCACAACCAUCCGACACCUCCCACCCUCCCGAACGGAACAAUACGGCUGCCGCUCAUUUAAACCCAGCAGUAACAUCCGGGGAUACCUUGAACGCAUACCUAACCAUGUUCCUCGAUUUGGGGGAUGGGAACGAAUGGUCUAUGUGUUUCCAGAGGGGGGACAUGUACAUCAUUUUUUGGCAGGAAAUCGGGAGGAUGUUGAUGGGGUUUAUGAGGGGUUGCAGAGGGGGAGGUUACCGUUUCGGAGAAUGGGUGUUAAAUCGAGAUUGAAUGGGCUUUUGACGUCGAAUUUUGUGUUGAAUUCUGGGGAGGCUUAUGCACAAGCAUCCAACUUACCUGCUCGAUCCAUGACGGAGAAUACACGGAUUGAAUUGGAAGCCAUUCAAUGGUUACAGGAUGCCGUGUAUGAAUUUGGGACUGUUUAUAAUCAAAGUCAUAAGAAUUUGAGUUUAGAUGGUGAUGAAAAAGAAAUGCAUUGGCACGAUGACGGAGAGCACACCGUGCACGGCCCCGUCUCAUCUCUAAGUCUCGGAAGCGACGCCCUAAUGCUCUUUCGAACCAAACCCACCCCAACACAAAAACCCAAAACAGUCCUCUCGUUAGCGGUUCGACAUGGUGAUGUGGUUCUCAUGGUCGGAAAAGCUGUGCAGAGGUAUUAUGAGCAUUGUGUGCGUGUUAGAGGGCAUAGAGUUUCUGUUACGGGACGGAUGGUUUUGAAUGAGGGUAUGAGGGUGGAGGAGGGGGUUUGGAGGGUUUUGGAGGGGGUUGAGAGGGGGGUUGGGUGUGCGCGGAGGAGGAAGGGGCGGUUGGUUUUUGGAAAGGAGGUUGAGGAGGAAAAGGAGGUUGAGGUUGAGAAGAAAGGGGAGGAGGAGGAGUGGGAUUAUCCGCCGGCUCCACCUAGUAGUGAUAUCGAGUGAGGGUUGGGGGGUUUGCAUUGGGUUUGUUUGUAUAUAGAUUUUUUGGUUUAUUUUUUGGUGCAAGUGUAUAAAUUUAACAUGUGGUUUUUCGACAUUUACCAUACCAAACUAAUGAA